GAAUUUUGCGCGUUCCGUUUUGCUCCAGUAGGUGGCGAUGCCGUGCUAUAAAAAAUGUAUUUCUUACAGACUCCGUUUCCCAGCAUGCUUUGCGAGUGCUGUCACUGAGCAGAAAAGAAGCAGCGCGGAUUAGAGAGGAGUUUAUUUAAAAGAAGCUGAAAAUGUCUGACAAAUUUGAAGAGAAGAUCAAGAACUACAGGACGGCUCCUUUUGAUGCCCGUUUCCCAAACACCAACCAGACCAGGAACUGCUACCAGAACUAUUUAGAUUUUCACCGAUGUAACAAAGCUCUGUCAGCUAAAAACCAGGACCCGGCUCCCUGUGAGUGGUACCACAGGGUAUACAAGAGUCUCUGUCCCAUCAGCUGGGUAUGGUUACCAUCAACUGGAUUAACACAAGUAGAUGGUGGUUUUAAAUGUUUGUUUAAGCCAAUUCCAAGUUAUAACACCAAGCGUACAUGAAGCACAUCAUUUUGUUUUCUAUUUGAAUAAUUAGAGGCAUUCAUAUUUUGUGCCUUAAGACCCCUGUUAAAAAUAAAGGUGUGGUUAAAAGGAUCAGAAUUAAUAAUUUCCAGAGUGUUUAUUUGAGCUUUUUAUGUUUGUUUUCCUACUUUAUUGUCAGCUCUUCCUCUGUUUAUAUCAUGUUUGCCUUCCCUUUUCCUCAACAUGUUUUGCAGGUGCAGAAAUGGGAUGAUCAGCUUGAAUCAGGAUCGUUUGCCGGGAGGAUUUGAAGGCAGUUUCUCCUCUCAUCCCAUCAUCUCAACAUGAAACAUUCUAGUAUUUAUUUUUUUUAAAGCAGCUAAAUAAAAAGCCAUUACUGUGAAAACA